UAUGUAAUGCAAUGUCUGUAUAUAUAUGUGCAUUCAACUCUGUACUUUGGAUUAAUAUAGGCCUGGGAAAAGACCACUAAUAAUUCGACACAAUUAUUCAAUUUUGAGAACCAGGAUUUAAUCUUCAGGUGGUUUUGUUGUUGUUGUGGCCGGAGGGAGAUGUGACUGCCAGUCAGACCUGGCAAAUCAUGGAAACAUCAUUGGAUUAGUCUCGUGUGUGAACAGAUGACCAGCUCUGCUGAAAUUCUUCAGCGUCUUUUAAAGUCAGGAUAUUGACCUUUCAUGUUUGGAUCAAAUUUACGCACCGGUUCCAUUUUUACCACUUGACUAGUUGUCAUUUGUCGUCCCGUGGACUGUCGUUUUGUCCACUGACUGUUCAAAUGUGUGCGGGUGGACAAAAGUAGUAAUGGACUAGCUGGGUGUGCAGUCCAUUGGCAGUUUUAAUCAGGAGGUGGAAGUUAAUGUUGUGAGUGAAAUACCUGUUGUAUUGUGACGUCCUUUAGGAGUUGUCACUGUAUUCUGAUCAUGACCACUGGAUAUCCCAAAAUAGACAAAAAGCAAAUUGGAUGAAAUUUGUAAACAGAUUCGGCAGACUGCAUGUCUGCUCCAAUGAACUAGCUGAUCAUCAGAUUUGGUAGGUUGUGUUGGGCCUAAACUCUCAAUAACAUUGGAGUAUCAAAUUGUAUGUGAGUUUGUGCCAUGUUGAUUGUCAAAUCCGUCCAUAAACUUUUGAACUCACAAGGUACACUGCUAAUGCCCAUUCGUUCGGAAGAAAUAGUGAUUAACAGUGUUCUACUAUAAAAUUUGGCAAAUAUUCUCAAACUUGAUAGAUUAACGGUCAGUUAUGUAUUGUUGACUGGAUGAGUUUUUAUGGAAGGCUCAUAAUAUCACAAAUCCAAAAUUGACGGGCCACAAAUGUGUUACUCUUGGAGUCCGUCAAAAUGUCACCGAGCUCUUGAUGACAAGCAUAGCAUGUCGUAUGAUGAAGAGGCGGAGCUUGUAAAUCAACGAUGUCGGCGAGAUAGUCGUCUUGGGCGGGAAAUAGAAUGUAUCCAUGACAACGAGUGUUACGAGAACGACGGCCAUGAUGAAGCUCUGUGCGGAGUGCGUGUGAGCCAGAUGACUAAAACGUACAAUGAUGUCGAAGCCGUGACAAGACUAUUGGAAGAGAAAGAGCGUGACUUGGAAAUUGCUGCCCGUAUUGGUCAGUCGUUGUUGGAGAAAAAUCGCGACAUCCAGGAGAAGAAUGCGACGUUAGAGGACGAUGUGCGAUAUGCGUUGGAACAAGUGAAUCAACUUCGCCAUGAGGUGCAGAUGAAAGAUGACCUUCUGCAGAUUUAUACACAUGAUUUAGAAGGUGGAGACUCACCAGGUGAUCACCAUGGCCUGCUCAGUUUGUUUCACCUUGAGAAUCUCCAGUCGAAGGUCAAGGAUCUGGAAGAAGACAACUUACAGCUCAGAGCUGAGUCUGCCGAGUUGAAAACAGAAACAUGUGAUUAUGAAGAAAAGGAGGCUCAGUUGGUGAAGGACUGUGUCCGGCAGCUGUCUGAGGCGAAUGCCCAUGUGAAGGUGCUGGCUGAGGAUCUCGGUAAGAAGACAGACUCGUACCUCAGCCAGCAGGAGGAGAUCACCAACCUUCUGGCUAAAGUCUGCAACUUGGAGGCGAAGAUUAAAAAGCUGACGAUCGAAAAUGCGGAGAUGCAGAGCCACCUACAGGCUGCACAACACUCACAGCAUCAGCUCACGUCCGAGAUUCUCGACCUCCAGGACAAGUGUAAUGAAUACGUUGAACUUUUAUCAAGUGCAAAUGAAGAGAUCAAAACGUUACGGACCAAAAAUCGUCCGAAAGCGAUGCGAUAUCAGUAUGGUGGGAGUCCGUUUUUACCGAGUGAUUCAUUGGCAUCAGAGCUGGAGGAUACGUUUAAGAAGGAUUUGGAUUUCCCUGCAGGAUAUUCACCACGAGAACGGAAGCAUCAUAACUACAAAGUGAUGGAGACUGCCCGGAUCGCUCGAAUCAACCAACGGCGGCCGAAGCUCGGUCUGAAUAUCCCCGGCUCCAACAUGAGUACGAGUGGUAACGAGUCGGACAUCUCCAUGCGGUCACAACGUAACUCCCUCUAUCUGUCAGACAGUGAAUCAAUGAUCAGUGAAGGUACAGGUUACCAGGGUGAUACAGACAGUGUCUGUGGCAAUCGAACACCGAUCUGCAACGUCAACAUACCGACAAGAACGGGAAUGACCAGCUCCUGCCUCUCCGUGACUGCAGCUCAAACCGUCAUGUCCAGCACCGUCAUAAGCUCCAUGGCAUCGUCCGGAGGCAAUGCAAACAUCACCACCACAACAAUGAAUAGCGGCAACACAUCAUUCGGGACGACCACGUCUAACCAACGUACCAGUUCUCCUAAUGCGGGCACCAACGCCAACAUCGGCAAACCUGGUAUUCCUGGCUCCAAUGACCUGGAGACGGCAUUACGUCGCUUGUCACUGCGGCAUGCGCAUGAUGUUUUUGAACGGAAGUAUCGGGAGUCAGAGGACUUGAUGAGUGCAAAUUCUUCCAGGUUUGGUAGUGAAACGGGAUCUUUGACCCCAACGCCGUGUUAUACACCAGAAAGUCUCAUGUCAACUGGUAGUUGUUUAUCGGGGAUGUCCGGUCCGCCCAGUGGAGGAGGGUACACGUUCAAAAUGCCUGAAAAGUUACAAAUCGUGAAGCCGAUGGAGGGAUCGAUGACGUUACACCAGUGGCAGAGGUUAGCGACACCACAUCUCGGUGGAUUCUUGGAGGAUCGGCCCGGCGUACAGAUCAAAGGAGAACGAAAGGUCGACUUCGGCAAUGACUUUGAAAAUUAUUCCAUUACUGACUUUGAGGAGGAUGAUCCAGAUGAAGAAGAGUUUAAAUAUAUGAAUGUUCGGAAAUGUGCCGAGUCAACAUCGAGUACUUACACGUACACGACAGCGAAGAUCAUGCAUCCAACGGAUGACUACGCACUGACCACGUUGUCAUCAUCAACAGGCACGUCGUCAACACCGCGGCCAACAUGUAGCCUCCUGAGUCCCAUGACAGAGAGCUCAAUGUCCCGCAGCGCUACCAGUACGUUUAGUAUGAACCUUGGCCUGUCACAGACGCUGAAGGAACGAGGUUUCCACACCGAGACAGUUCAGCUUAGCAAUCCCACACGUGUGUCAAGUAUCGUCACGGAGACGCUGUAUGACAAACAGCGUGCUCAACCAACAACUAUUUACACCACGGCUAUGACAGAGCCAACGAUACGUGUCACGGAAUCUUACAGUCACGGACUACCGGAGCCACCAUAUUUUGGAAUCACAGAGAAACCAGAUUGGUCAAAAUUAGAAUCUUUUGCAAACACUUUAUCAGACAAAAUACGGAAUAUCGGUGUUGAUCGGUUGUUCGGGAGUUCUACUGAGGAUGAAACAGAGGCUACCGAUAAUGAAAAGGAGGCUACGGAAAGUGAAAAAGAGUCGGCAGAAAGUGUAAUAGAAACUUCAAGUGAUAAGGACACAAAGAAAGAGAGGAUGAGUGCUCGACCUAAAUUAACAAUAAAAAUAGCGUCAGGCGACAUGAAAUGUGCAAGUCCAACAGCGACGCCCCCUAAUUCUCCAAUCUGUGCAACGCCACCGUCACCAAUCACACCACCAAAUUCUCCGAUCGGAGGGACAGAACCGAACUCAAAGUCUGCAUUUAGUUUUAACUUUGUUAGUCCGAUAUUACAGAUUGCCGGCCUGCAGUUGCGACGGAAGUCUGACUUUGGUUUAUUAGGUGCAAUGCAAAUACCUAAUCGAGAGGCGCAGCCACCAGGACUGUUUAGGGGACUAAGUGCAGAGAAGAAGUCAUGACAGGGAGACGGUGAUUAGGACAUCUUAAUCUUUACUCUUAAGGACUCGAGGAAAUUUCCUAAUGAGAAAUUCGACUGAAUCUCAAAGAUAAUGUUACCGAUGUCAUCCUCCUCUUGAGCCAUUUGUGACUAAGGCUACUGAUGUCUCAUGCAGUGAGCCGUUUGUGACUAAGGCUACUGAUGUCUCAUGCAAUGAGCCGUUUGUGACUAAUGCUACUGAUGUCUCAUGCAAUGAGCCGUUUGUGACUAAGGCUACUGAUGUCUCAUGCAAUGAGCCGUUUGUGACUAAUGCUACUGAUGUCUCAUGCAAUGAGCCGUUUGUGACUAAGGCUACUGAUGUCUCAUGCAAUGAGCCGUUUGUGACUAAUGCUACUGAUGUCUCAUGCAAUGAGCCGUUUGUGACUAAUGCUACUGAUGUCUCAUGCAGUGAGCCGUUUGUGACUAAGGCUACUGAUGUCUCAUGCAGUGAGCCGUUUGUGACUAAGGCUACUGAUGUCUCAUGCAGUGAGCCGUUUGUGACUAAGGCUGCUGAUGUCUCAUGCAAUGAGCCGUUUGUGACUAAGGCUACUGAUGUCUCAUGCAGUGAGCCGUUUGUGACUAAUGCUACUGAUGUCUCAUGCAAUGAGCCGUUUGUGACUAAGGCUACUGAUGUCUCUUCAUGUGCUAUCAAUUCCAAUGUAUCAUAUCACCAAGCUGUAUAUAUACUUGUCAUUGUACAUGACCAGGAUCACCUCAGUUUUAUGGGAACCUUCUUCAAAUUUCAAAAUGUUCAUCAGCUAUUCAUGAGUUAAUUGUAUAUUUUGUAGUUUUCUCGAACAUUAAUGUCUCAAUCAAUUUAGGGACUGUAUUUUAUGAUUUCGCCUGGAGUCUGUUGAGGAGACUUUCCUCCACUUUGUUGUUAGUUACUCUAUCCGUGCAUCAACUGAAGGAGAUAGUUUCAGUAUCAUUGUCAAAUACAUUUCUUCAAACCAUUACAAUGAUCGCCAAGUUUCGUUGAAACAAACUUUCGGUGCAAUGAAGAACAGAUCUGCUUUCACUUCAAUGGUGCCUUGUCUUUCUCAUUGUGUUCAUGGUUCCUUCAGUUGCUGUAGAAACUAUCUCCACGGCUACUAGUAGACAUUGAUUUCUGUCUUCUUUGAAUUCGGUCUUUUACUACUAAAGAAAAAUGCUCUGUUGAGAAAAGAAAUUUACUGGUAAUCAUCGUGCGACUCGUCAUUGUGGAACUUUUGCUUAUUUUUCGUUGAAACUUGUUCGAGAUGUCUCCGAUGAACGGAAGAAUCACUUCAUCGUUUGUUUUUGUCAUAUUUCACAGAAAACCAUAAGGAACCAUCAAGCUUUGUGAUAUUUGUAUAAGUUUUACACAAUUUUAUGCCUGGAUAGGGUUUGAAGCCUACAUUUCAAUGAAUGUUUGUAAUACUGUGCUGUGUACAUGUGAGUUUUUUAGCUGAGCCUGGAUUUUGAAUCAGAGGCUGUGUUGGCUAUUCGUGCAACUUAAUUUUUGUACUCAACACUCUUGCCAACUUCUAGCAAAGAAAUCAUCUAAGACCUUCAUCAUUUAUCCGGUUGGUCAUUUGUAAACUGACCAUAUCAGCUUUUCGUCUGCUAUAAAACGUUGUGGUACAGUGGUUGUACCAGUGUUAUAGUUUGCAUGUAUUCCAGCCAGUUUCAAAAUAACCAGAUGCUUCCAAAUCAUGACUGUUAAAUAAAUUCCUUUCGUGAAUGUUGACAUACAGAAGUAAAUGUCGUGAGAUGUGAAUUUGGUACCGAUGUCCUUUCAGUGCUAAGGACCACAGUUCGCACUUACUAGUCAACACUGACUGUUUUUGGUGUCACCACGGUAACUGUAAUGUUUGCAGUGUAUUAAUGGUUUCCAUGGCUACAGUUGUUGUCUACUGACAAUUUGGUUUGUGCUUUUACAGUAGUUGAACACCUUGUGUCAGUUAUUUAUAGAAAAUAAAUUCAUGUUCAAA